GCUCCAACUGCCCUGUAUCGCCAAAGAUUGGUAAAUAUAAAAAAAAGCUCUCGUCGGCUCUUCUUCGAGUUUCCGGCGACCGGAAAACGAAAUCCGGCUGUGAAUGACGAAGAUACACCCAAACGCCUCCUCCGCAGUGGCAUGCUCGAGACCGGAGUUCUCCGGCGGAUGCUGCUGCUGCGGCGGAUUACCGGAGACGACGGUUCUGACGGUCUGGCGUAAGUCGCUGCUCUUCAACGGGAAGGGGUUCACGGUCUUCGAUGCGAAGGGCAACCUCGUCUUCCGAGUCGAUAACUACGCGUCGGGAAGGAAGGAGGGUAUCGUCCUCAUGGAUGCCGCUGGCAAGCCGCUCCUUAGCAUCCGGCGAAAGAGGCUGAGCCUGGGCGACCACUGGCUGAUCUACGACGGCGAGGAGGCGGCGAACCCGCGGUUCUCGGCGCGGAAGCACGUGAAUCUCCUCCACUCCAAGGCGCUGGCGCACGUGACCCCGUGCCGCGGCGGCGGCGGCGCCAAGGGCUGCGUCGCGGCCCACUACGAGAUCGGGGGGUCCUACUCGCAGCGGUGCUGCGUGGUCUACGACGAGCAGCGACGGCGGCUGGCGGGGAUCAGGCGGAAGGAGGCCGUCGGAGACGUUGCAUUCGGCGUCGAUGUCUUCCGCCUCAUCGUCGAGCCGGGCUUCGACGCCUCCGUCGCCAUGGCCAUCGUCAUCCUUCUCGACCAAAUGUUCAGCUCUCGAGGCUCGCUGCUCAAAGGCUAGUGGAGGUUGCUGUGUCGGAAUUGUUUUCUUGGUGUUUUUUUUUUCUGAAUGAUGUUCUCUUGGUUGUUGGUGCUGCUCGUUAGCAUCCAUCUCAGAAAAAAUAUGAAUAUUGGCUUGUGGUGCUGUGUGGAUUUGCCAGAAAAAAUAGAAAUUUUGGGUGGUGUCACAGGGUCGAAAUAUGAAUAUAUGGUGCCUUUUAUGGGGUAGCUAGGUUUUGUUUUUAAUGAACUGAAUUGUCAUACGA